GAAAAUUGCAAAAAUGUCUCAGUGGAGCUUGCUUGUCUUUGCUACAUGUGUCUUGGGAGCUUUCGCAGUUCCUGUUAUUGAUGACCCAAUUGCUUUUAUGAAUGCAACCUGGAAUAAAUGCCAAAAACAAGAGAAAGUACCAGAUGAUGCUAUGGAAGAUUUGUAUUUCUUCAAAUCCGUCGAAGGAAUAAAAGAUCAUAAGUGUGUUAUAAAAUGCAUUGAUGAGGAAUAUGGCAUUUAUCAGCAAGAUGGAACAAUAAGCCAAGAAAUGAUUGUGCGAGCCAUUAAGGGACUUUGGAAAGACCCACAGAUCCAAGAAAAACUGAUAAGUGCAAGCGCAGAGUGCUUAGAUUCAGCAAACCCAGAUCCAGAUCCUUGCCAGUACACAUUUGAUAAGUUUGACUGUUUUGUACAAGCUGUAAAUAAGGAGGGAAUCAGUAUUCAUGAAGGGAAAACAAAUUAAAUAUAUGUUUUACAAUUCACUAUUGUUAUAAAGAUUAUUUAAAAAUUAUUUCAAUAAAAAUAAAAGGUGUUUCAAUAUCA